ACUGUCAUUCAGCAGCAGUACCGUUCGCAUUUUGGACACCGAGGACUGUCCAAUGUGGAUUACCUGAAUAACACAAGGAAUACAUUUCCUUGUUUUUUUUUCUCCAAGGAAUAUUUUACCACAAUCAUGGCUAAGUGGUUAAUCUUUGCGGUACGUCUUUUGGUGAUUCUGGAGUCUGCUUGGACUGAAAGAAUGCCCGAGGAUGUGAGCGAAAUAGUGCGUCAAAGCGUUACGCAGCGGGGCGUUUUUACGCAUGCGAACUCCGGCCCGGACGCGGUGACCAGCAGCAUGUUUAAAGUUUACGAACGAUACAGCAAAGAGCCGCAAAGUCACAAAGAGGGAAACACAGUCAGGAGCUUCACAGCUGCACGCAGAGUAUUGCACGGAAAAGAAAUGUUCCAGUUCAACUUAUCCACCAUCCAAGACUCAGAGGUCAUCCUCUCUGCCUCCUUCCACUUCUUCAACAAGCGUCAGCACCAGAGAUCCUGGCGUUUCCGGAGACCUCGGCACCCGUCAGUCGCCGUCCAUCAACGUCCUCCUGGUCUGCAGAUCCUCUUUCAUGGAUUGUCGCCCAACUCUGCAACCCCGCUGGGUAACUUCACCAUAAGCUCCUUAAAGAAAGGAGCAUGGCAAUCAAGGGAUGUUACAGCAGUGAUUAAGCAAGUCAGAAAAGAUCUCAUCAUCAUUGUGGAGACCAAUUUGGUCCCAAAGGCAAAUCAGCAGCAAAGAGGCCUUAACAACCAGGAGCCCGUCUUUGAAGAUAAAACACCUUUUAUAAUUCUCUAUGCUGACGAUCAAGCGAUAGAUGAGCCCAACAGCGUGGCCGCAACCCUGCAGAGGUACGGACCUUUUGCUACUGGGGAAGAUGUUUCCGCAUCAGCCUCGAGAAUCCGGAGAGAGCUGAAACUCCAGAUCAAAACGAACGAGAUUCCAGAAGUCCAGUUCAACACUCUAAAGAACCACGAACUGUGGCAGAGCACCUAUUUCCCCGCCAAAUCCAAAAGCACGACAGGAAAGAAGCAGAACCAGGAGAGCAGAGAGGUGUUGAACUUUGAUGAGAGGACAAUGAAGAAAGCCCGAAGGAGGCAAUGGAGCGAACCUCGGGUUUGCACAAGGCGCUACCUAAAGGUGGACUUUGCUGACAUAGGAUGGAGUGAAUGGGUUUUAGCUCCCAAGUCAUUUGAUGCCUAUUACUGUGCUGGUUCUUGUGGAUUCCCCAUCCCGAAGGUGGUACGUCCUUCAAAUCACGCCACCAUCCAGAGCAUAGUACGAGCCGUUGGAAUCGUGCCUGGUAUUCCGGAACCGUGCUGCGUGCCGGAAAAGAUGAGUCCUCUUAGCGUGCUUUUCCUGGACCCGGGAAGGAAUAUGGUCCUGAAAGUAUAUCCGGGAAUGUCUGUGGAUACCUGCACCUGCCGGUAGGAGCCAACGGGGACCUCCUCAGAGGUGAAGGAUGCUGUGGGGAUUAUAUUUGUUGUGAUAGAGAAGAAACUCAGGCUUUUCCAACUUUAAUAUUAAUAAAUAAAUACCUCCCAUGUAUUUUUCCCAGCAAAAAUGAGGGACUCUUUUUGGUGAGCCCUGGACAGCUUCAGUGAAUGUAUGAUGUCAAAGACAAAAAAUAGAAGCAAUCAUACAAUGAUGACCCACUGACUUAACUGAAUUAAUAAAUACUAAUACAAAGCAAAUGUAUUGUGUCUUUUACCAUCUCCCAUAUAAAUG